AAUAUGAACCUCGUGGGCAGCUACGCACACCAUCACCACCACCACCACCACCACCACCACCCACACCCCGCGCACCCCAUGCUGCACGAGCCCUUCCUCUUUGGCUCGGCCUCGCGCUGUCACCAGGAGAGGCCCUACUUCCAGAGCUGGCUGCUGAGCCCGGCGGACGCAGCCCCGGAUUUCCCGGCCGGCGGGCCACCACCCACAGCCGCGGUGGCCACCACCGCCUACGGUCCCGAGGCGAGGCCAGGCCAGAGCCCGGGGCGGCUGGAGGCUCUCGGCGGCCGCCUGCCCCGGCGGAAAGGAUCGGGUCCCAAGAAGGAGCGGAGGCGUACCGAAAGCAUCAACAGCGCGUUCGCCGAGCUACGCGAGUGCAUCCCCAACGUCCCCGCCGACACCAAACUCUCCAAGAUCAAGACGCUGCGCCUGGCCACUAGCUACAUCGCCUACUUGAUGGACGUGCUGGCCAAAGACGCGCAAGCCGGCGACCCAGAGGCCUUCAAGGCUGAACUCAAGAAAGCGGAUGGCAGCCGGGAGAACAAGAGGAGAAGGGAGCUGCCGCAGCACGAAGGCUUUCCUCCUGCCCUGGGUCCAGGAGAGAAGAGGAUUAAAGGGCGCACUGGCUGGCCGCAGCAAGUGUGGGCCCUGGAGUUAAAUCAGUGA